CCGGAAGUAAACUAAAAAUCACAUGAUGAGUUCACCGAAUGAAACAUCUCCACUUAUAUCAGUUUUGUCACCUGGAAACAGUCAGAAGAUGGAAUCUAGUGGGGAAUAUAUCGUCUACUCACGCAGGUGGUACAUCCUGGCUGUGCUAUGCAUCCUGAACAUAUCGAAUGCAAUGAUCUGGAUUUGUUUCUCUCCCAUAGCUAACAUCACACAUGAGUACUACAAUGUAGAUGACAUGUCAGUGAACUGGUUGUCUCUGAUAUAUCUAGUGGUCUGUAUUCCCCUUGGCCUUGUUGCGUCCUGGAUGUUAGAUACAUUUGGACUCAGAUUUGGUAUUAUCCUUGGAGCGUGGUUGAAUGCUAUUGGUGCAAUAAUACGUGUAGUCAGUACAUUGGAUAUUGGUAGCAACAUCAAGUUCCCAUUGGUGUUGACUGGACAAUCUAUUGCAGCCUCAGCGCAACCAUUACUUCUGUUUGCACCAACAAAGAUGGCGGCUUUAUGGUUUAGUGAUGGACAAAGGGCAACUGCUAAUAUGAUUGCCUCAAUGUCCAACCCACUCGGUAUCCUCAUUGCCAAUGUUGUGUCGCCAGCCAUUGUUUAUGACGUCUCCAAGUUUCAACUUAUGAUUAUAAUAUUUGCUAUCCCAGCUGGUGUUGGUGUUAUCAUGGCAACUGCAGGAAUAUGGAGUUCAGUUCCCCCCACCCCUCCCACCUCCAGUGCUGCUAAUGUGUCAGAACCUUUCUUUGAGGGGCUGAAGAAGCUAGCCAAGAACAAGGCUUACUGGGUACUUGCUAUAUCAUUUGGUUCAGGUUUGGGGCUGUUCACCUCACUGACAACUCUACUGGAGCAGAUCCUCUGUCCUAGAGGGUAUGGAAAUUCAUUCUCUGGACUAUGUGGUGCUCUGCUGAUUGCGUUUGGCAUAUUGGGAGCUGCGAUUGCUGGCAUUAUCGUGGACAAGACAAAGAAAUUUGAGGAGGUUGCGAAGUUGCUGUAUGGGUUUGCAGCCAUAAGUGGAGUUUUCUUUGCUCUGAUUGCCAGGGAGAUAAAUCAGGCUGUGUUAAUCGCUGUAGCAACCAGUUUGUUUGGUAUGUUUGGGUUUGCGUUGUAUCCUAUAUGCCUAGAGCUGUCAGUGGAGUGUUCCUACCCUGUGGGAGAGGCUGUCAGUGCUGGGGGACUCAUCAUAUCAGGGCAAAUCCAGGGUAUUAUAUUCAUCAUUGUGAUGCAAGUGUUGGCCCAGGACCUUUCACCAUUCCAGAGACAGUUCCAGAAUUGUGAGAAUGGUAGUGCACCUAUUGAAAAACAAGAUAUUAAAGAUUUUACAAUUCCUCUGCUAGCCUUCUGUGCAGUAGCUGCAGCCGCCUCAACCUUUCUCAUAUUUGGCUUCAAGACUGAAUAUAAACGUUUGUUAGCAGAACAACAACUUGCUGCAGAGAGAAUCUUGCAUUAUGAUAGUGGUAUAUAUAACCCUGCAGCAGCCAAUCAGUCAUUAGAGUCACAACCAAGUUCAGACGCACAGACAGACAAAAUGGCCGCUGAUUCUUAGCAGACGGCAUGGUCUCUUAGGAAAUCCAGUGUGUCAGUUAUCAAAAUGCAAAAUAUAAAACCAUGAUUUUUAUAUGUUUAGUUAAGAUUUUGUACUAUACGACUAUAAUGAGAGUUUCUCAUAAUUCCCAGUCCUACAUGUCAGGAACAAAAGAUAGUGCAUGUAGUAAUCAUAUUAUGUUAAAUGGUGCCUUAUAGAAAUACUGUCUGUUUCAUGGUGUGGUUGCGACUUCCAACAAAGGGAACAAUCAAAAAUUGCAUCCUAUUUUCACUCUCUGAGAUGUGAUUAAUCUGAAAUAGUUGGUUCUUUUUGGGGUGUAUUUAUCAUAAAUAAAUAUUGAAUAAGCUCGCUACUGUUAAACAAUGCAACUAGUCUAAAUGAAUACUUAUAUUAAGUAAAAAAAUAUUGCUGAGAUGAACGGCAAAGGGAUAUCAGUUAUAAAUGACCUUGAAACAUUUGCCUUACCCUCAAAGGAUGAACACCAGAGACACUGUUAUGAAAGUUUGAAUAUAAGGGUGCACGAUAUUGCAGUCCCCAGGAUAUUUAUCCAGUUAAGAUAGAUUUUGAGUGUACAAUUUGAAGUUAAUUUUUCAGUUAAUAGAAUGAAUUUUGUUGUAAGAUUAGUAUAUUUAUUUUUUUAGUAAAAGAUUAAUGAUUCACAAUGAUUAAACAAUUAUUGUAAGUUAUUCAGGAAUCCAUUUUUCAAAAAGCAAUACAUGAAAUGUGCCACUCAAGAUGGAUGCACAUUUAAUUAUUUGCAGUUAGCAACAUGUUAAUAGAGAGCUUUCCAUAUAAGUUUUCAGCCAAACUUAUACUGCAACUUUUAAAUGACGAAAACGCCACUGGGGAAAGUACAUUUCAUUAGAAAAAUGUUCCUCGUUUCCUUGUCCAGGGAAUUGAUUUGUGAAUAUCACAGCAAUGGCAGAAUUAAU